UCAAUGAGAGAGAUCACCUGACUAUAAAACGUGUAACAAACAAGAAUUUCCGCUCCGGGAAAAAACCGAAAUUUUGAGGUAUAUUGGUUUAAUAAGUGUAUGACAGUGGUGUGUUGUGGAAGCUAUUUAUUCAAGAAUAAUCAUUUACAAUUUAUUUUCGUUUUUGAGCAAAAUGGCCCUGAACUCUAAAUGUUAUAAUUAUAUCUUUAACUAAUGCUAGACAGUAAUAUGUUUACAGGGUAAAGAGGAUGAAUAUCUGCACAAUAUAGCAGAAAAUGUGCUGUUUUGUUGAAAUGAUUGCUGUUGCUUAAAUAAGAAUUAAGUGUUGUUCUUAUUAUAAUUAACACUAUAAAGUAUGAUGUUGAAACACUGUUGUAAAGGUUAGUAAAAUAUUUCCAUUACAGUAGAAAAUAUGCUGAAUUGUGCUGAUUACAUGAUACCAUUUAUUCUUGCUUUAUAAAACACAGGAAUUUGAUGAGUAAAACCCAACGAACAAAUACAUAUGUGAACUAGUUUAUAUCUAAAUUUUUAAGAAUAAUAAAUUGAAGGCAUUAAUAAAACAGGAGCAUAUUAAAAUAAAAAUGUAGAUAGGUUUUUAUUAAAAUGUGCAUUGCACUGAGUAGUGAGUACCGAGUAUUCUAGCUUUGAACCUUCCGCCGAAUUGCUGCGCAUGUGCUUUCUGCUGAUAAACUUGUUGAAGCUUGGUACUUGGUAGUCGGUGAUAACCUUCUUGGAACUGGAGCUGGGUUAUUUGCUAGUUUGCAUUUUAAAAUUCCGCUCUUUAAGCAGUUAAGAGUUAAAUGACACUGUUGAUCAACAGUCGUGAUGAGCUAGCCGGGAGGAUUAGCGAGAAUGAGUCGAAGUGAAAAUACAUGACACAGGGGAAAAAUACCACAAAUGAGUUUCACCUCGGACAAUGAAUUGUUUUCAGUUAUGUGUUUUUUUAAUCGGAUUCGUAUUCGGCGGAUAUCUCGCUGUGCUGAUGUUCGCGACGGAGGAGACCCUCGUCUCGCCGUCCGGGGCUUCGAGGCCGACGGAUAAGGAGAGGUACGAGCUGUGGGUCAAGAGCGUCUCGCUUGUUACUGAACAGGUCGAUGUGGACAGGCUGGCAUUUUCGGAAGAAGGCUGUCCAGGACGGCUAGAAUCAGAUAUCAUCAAAGAUAGCGUAAAGGUGACCUGCGUAGUCUUUAUAGAGAAGGAGAACAACGCAUACGCAAUAUCAAACACUUGGGGCCGCAAGUGCAAUGAUGUCCUGUACUACUCAAACAAAUUAGUCCCCUUCCUCGAUGUCAAUGUCUUCACCGGAAAGGAUUCAUGGUCCUUUCUCUGCGAGACGAUAAGGACUUUGGUUUCCUUCGAUUGGGUUGUCUUUGCCAACGACGAUCUGUUUCUAAUUCCGGAGAAUCUUAGGUACGCCCUCAUCAACCUAGAUCCCAAAAAGCCAUACUAUUUUGGCCAUAACCAGAUUUUCUGGGGGGUGGUUUUCAACACCAAACAGACGGCUUAUGUCCUUAGCAAAGGUGCAAUCUCACUCCUAUCAGCGAGGUUCAAUUCUUCUGCUGCUUGUCUUUCAAGUGGGAAAUACAAAAACAAUGAAGACUAUUUAUUAGGGAAAUAUUUGCGAGAAUUGGGUGUUUUGGCAUCAGACUUACGGGACGACGAAGGCUUGCAGAGAUUUCAUUACUUCACUCCCAAUCAGUUGAUGGCCCCUGAUUACAAUUCGGUAAUUGAAAAGUAUUCAAGGAAAAGUUUAUUCCCUGUAAUCCAGGGUGAUAAGUGUUGUAGUAUAACAUCUAUCAGUUUUAAAGGUACAGAAGGUGAUAAAAUGUUCUUUUACCGUUAUCUUUUUUAUAACGUUCAAAUUUUCAAUCAACUUGGGGGACUUGGCAAUAAUAUGACAAAAGCAACUAACAAUACGGAUGAAGUGUGGAAGGAGUUCAUAUUGGAGAAAAUGGGUUCUAAUUUCAACCUGUCUCUCAUGACCGACAGACGAUACUACGAACUGAGCAAGCUCAUUGAAAAUGCCAAAGAUUAUAGUUCCCUUAUCAAGAUGGAAAACGGAAAAUUAAAGAAAAUCAGUAUCGACUCUCUCGGUAGGACUUAACAGUGCAAUUAUACUGUUUGCGUUGUACUUAACAUUGUUCAGAAAAGUGCUUUCUGAAAGAAAAAAAAAAUAGGCAUUGAAUCUCCUAUUGUUUAUAAACAUUUCAGUGCCAAAUUGAUAUUUAGUAUUACAGGAACGUUAUUCUGUUACUGUUGUUUUUGUUUCAGUAUUACUUUAAAAAAAUCUACUCAAAAAUCACCUAAAGAAAUUAUUUGAACUUAUUUUUGUAAAUAGUUUUAUCAGAAUAAAAAUCUGUCAUAGAUAAUGUAACGUGACAUGCAGUAGUGGAAAAAAUAUUUGUACACAAUUUUGCAAAAUUAAUCAAUUUAGCUAGUUCAUAUUUUAUUUGUAGCUUCAUCAUCUUUGAUCAUCCUUGAAUUGGUAUUCUUGCCAGUAUUGUCUGUCAGGUGUGUUUCAGCAUUUUGCCAUUUUGUUCUUAGAACAGAGUCAUGGCUUCGCAGAUCUCAGCAAAAUGUAUGGCCGUCUUGUCGUUUAAUUAUAAUCACAUUUCUAAUUUUGUCGUAUUCACUUGUAUUUUUUUAUCAAAUCCUUUUCUAACAUCACACUUUUGGUUCGGUAAACACUAUGCUUCAUUUUUUUUCUUCUUUCAACUAAAAGCUAUCUAUACCUACGUUUUUCUACCACUACCCAACUUCACUCGUAACUUUAGGUCCAUUUGUGUACUAUUAUGACUUUCCUGGGUCCGUCGCUUAGUAUGUUCAACAGCCGGAGUGAAAAGCUUUACUCUCUUUCCCACAGACAGAGGAUCUCAAAGCAUUUAGGAUUAAACAACUGCCGAGAUCUCUGAGCAUAUUUUUAGUAUGCUCAGAUAUGCACCUUUGCUCUCCUACUACUACAACAACUGCUUUAAGAAAUGUAUAGUUCAAUCAAGGCUUCCAUGCCUUGAUCCAAUGCACCCGCGGUUUCAUUCCCAAGUCAUGUAGGCUGGCGUUUAGGUAAAUGUCAUGUUUCAGUAGAUUUAGGUAUCUUCUAGAUGCUGUCAUUUCUGAAGUUUCUUACAACUUAUUAUAUUAUAUAUUUAUAAUGGGAACUACAAGCUCUAGGGUGUGCAUACAUUAUUUUCUCCUGUUGUACUUUUACUACGAUAUUAUAUUACCAAACCACUUUUAAAACAUAGGAAGAAAAUAGAGUACUAAAUUUUUCAACUUUUUUUUACCAUUGUAUUCUUAGGUACUUCCUUCUGUAAAAAAUGAUAAAAUCAAUAUAAACUGGUCCAGAAGUAUUAAAAAUAUUGAGUUUAAAAUAUUGGCAUGUUGUACAUAGCACGUUUUGAAGAAAAAUCUAGUAAAAUAAAAACUGAAUUUUCAAAAUUUUACUUUCUUAAUAAAAAUUGCUUUUAUUACUAAGUAAAUUAACGUGUGUGCCACUUACAUUAUUUUCCUUUUGUUUUACACCACGAAAAUUUGUUUCCUGAGUAAAACAAAUCAUUUAGUGGAGAGGUGCAUUGUACAAAGGAAAUGAAAAUUCAGUUGUAUUAAUGUAAAUAUGUGUUUCAUCAUGCAUUAAAUUUCUACUCCAUUGUAAAAGAAAUUAUAAUUAAAAAAAAAAAAAUUAAAUAAAAAAAAAACAAUUUAUGCUUGUAAAAACAAAUCAAACUAUUUUUAGAUUCAAUCUUUUUCAUAAGUAAUUGAUAGUUAAAUUGAACCUAACAACCUUUUUAUUGUAAUUAAAACAACACAUAAAAUAUAAGUGAAUCAAUAAAUAAGUUAGUCCUAGGCCAAAAACUUGAAAAAAAAAGCAAAUUAACUGAGGUCAUGUAGUAUUAAAAACUUUAAAGCUCAAUUUCUCAAAAGUAUCAAACAAUAGAUACAGAAUUAUUUCAUAGCAGGGCAGAAGUGGUCCGUAAUAUAAUCCAGCGUAAUUGUUAAUUAUUCACUGUUAGUAUAGUCAUAUUUUAAUUAAGUCUAAAUUUUGUGCUGUAAGCAAAUUUCAGGCAAGAAAAAACUUUGUUCUGCUAACCUUUCUGCUUCUUCUUUGAACCUCCAUCUUCCACAAAGGCCAAUUUUAAAAUGAAGUCAGAUUUUUAAAAGGUUUUGGCUGUGAUUAUAGAAAUUUCGUGGAUAAGGUUUUUCAUUAUUAAAAUAAGUAGUUUAUACAGCCUAAUUUCUAUUGUUUGAUUUUCAAGUAAAUUUCUUUUAAGGUGAUUAUUGAGUUUUUAAAUUUAUUUUAUAAAUGUUAUGCGCAAAAUUCUCUAAUUUUUAAACAAAUCCAAACCACUUCUUUUAUUCAAAAGGCUGAAGGUAUUAAAUUGAAUGAUAAAAAAUUGGCCUUUUGAUCAGUCGUCAGCAUUUUUCUCUCUACUUCCAUUAUUGUGAUUAUUAAACUAUUUAAAAAAUAUAUUUUUUUAAAAUUAAAAAUUCUAAGGGGAUUUUUUUAAAGAAUGAAUGUCAAUGUGAUUGUAUUAUGGGUAUACAUUUGGGCCUUUUAGUUUUUUAAUUUUCCACAUUCAAAUACCAGAAUUUCAUUUGCUUUCAAGAGAAAAGAAUGUUUUACUAAACUACAAUUAAAUUAAGGUUUUUAGUUGAGAUGAAAAAAAGUUAAUGGCACGAGCGGGAUUCGAACCCACGAUCUUCGGCUAGAUACGCCGCUGCUCUACCACUUGAGCUAUCGUGACCUCAAUCCACUCGGACAUCAACUUCCUAUCUCAACCCCACCUUAUGAGUUUUCCCUCCUUUUAGUUUUACUAAACAUUUACAGUAUAGUAUAGUAAAUCUAACACCAAACAUUCCAAAUAAUUGGAUGAAUUGUUCAUAAUUAUCAACCUGUUUUAUCCCUUAGUUGUUAAUUUUUUUGCACGGUCAAAUUUAUAAAAAUAACACCUAAUUAUUGAAUACAUAUCACUGUUUUUUAUGUGCCUUACAUGAAACCAAAAACAAUUAUUUGUUUAGCAAUACUUAUUUGUUAUUUUUAAUUAUUUUCAUUGCUUGUUCAAUGUUUAAGCAAGAAAAGAAAGGUUUUUUUAACUGCACUUAGGUUGUCUUUUUGAUCAGUUGUUAGGUUGAAAGUAUUCAAAUGGAAGAACGUGUGAUAUCAAUUUCUGUGAUUACUUUACAAAGAAAUUUGUAAUAUUUUAUAGAUAAUAAAAGGUUAAGGUUAA